AUGGCGGAUACCGGCGUAGACAUCGGAUCACUCUCGCCAGACCAACAAGCUGCACUUCAGCAAUACACUGCUGUCACAGAUCAAGCAGUCGACGCCGCAAUACCCCUCCUCCAACGAGCGCAAUGGAACGUCAACAUUGCCGUCACACGCUUCUUUGAUGGCGAACCUACCGAAGAUCCCGUCGCCGUUGCUGCCGCACAACAACCCCCACGAGAUACCCGGCGGCAAGAAACACUGUUGAAUGGCUUCGGAGCGCCUCGGUCGUCAACAAGUAGUGGAAGGAGACCAAUGAUAGAGCCAGCGCCUCGGGUCGUCCCGCAGCCAGAAAGCCAGGUCAGCACUCAAGUUCCGCUGGUCCUCGCAAUCUUUUUCGCGCCCUUCUCGCUCGUAUACUCUUUGUUCUCAAAGAGCUUCCGAUUAUUAGGAUGGAUAUUUCCUUUCCUACCUCGUGUAUGGGGAAGGCUUACAGCCAGUAAUAUCAACACACCUGCGUCGCAACGCAGCACAAGCGGGCGCCGGCCCUUGAACCCACGAGACACGGCUGCCCGAUUUAUCCGCGAAUUUGAGGAGGAAUAUGGAAGCCACAACCUGCCGUUCUUCGAGAGCGGGUAUGCUCAAGCAUUCGACCUGGCAAAGAAGAACCUCCAAUUCCUCAUGGUCGUCCUCAUCAGCCCAGAGCACGACGAAACAUCCUCCUUCAUUCGCGAUACGCUUCUCGCGCCCGAAGUCGUCGAGUUUGUACGAAAUCCCGAUAACAACAUAAUCCUCUGGGCAGGCAACGUCCAGGACUCCGAAGCAUACCAAGUCUCCGCUGCGCUUUCAUGCACAAAGUUUCCAUUUACGGGAUUGAUUGUACACACACCACAGGUAUCUUCGACCGCCAUGGGUAUCGCUACCCGGGUUACAGGGCCCACGCCUCCUCAGCAAUACGUUGCCAAGCUGCGCACUGCAAUGCAACAGCACACUGAGCCACUGAACCGCGUGCGUAGUCAGCGCGCAGAACAGCAGGCCACGCGCAGUAUCCGAGAGCAGCAGAAUAGUGCAUACGAGCGAUCGCUUGCCGCUGACCGCGAAAAGGCGCGCAAGAAGAAGGAAGAGGCAGAGCGCAAAGCAAGAGAAGAAAAGGAAGCCCUCGAGCGCGAACAAGCCAUUGAGCGCUAUGCUCAGAACCUCCAGCAAUGGCGCAAGUGGCGCGCAGCUUCCAUACGUCCAGAGCCCGAUGCCAGCGAAACUAAUGUGGUGAGAAUUAGUCUACGCAUGCCCGACGCUCAACGUGUAGUGCGCAAGUUUGCAGCAGAUGCGGACAUUGAGGAACUCUACGCUUUCGUCGAAUGUUAUGACAUCUUGCAGUCUGGAAACGAAGCUGGAGAAGAGAUUGAGGAGCCAAAGGAUUUCGAGCACGAGUACAAAUUCCAGCUUGUGUCGCCCAUGCCGAGAGAAGUUUAUGAUUUGAAGGCUGGGGGCUCGAUCAAGCAGCGAAUUGGGCGGAGUGGUAAUCUCAUUGUUGAGCGUACAGACCUGGAAGAAGACGACGACGACGAUGACAGCGAGGAAUAG